GCGCGGCUGACGUGGGGCGUUCAGGACAGGUACUCCCCUCGCCUUUUAGAAAGACACAAAAUGGAGCAGGAACUACCUGGCUGAGGAAAAAAGUACGCUCGAGCCCACUAUUAUGAAUAACUUGUUGUUUUGUUUUUAUUUUUGGUAAAAUAUUACAACGUGGUCGACUGAGACUCAGAAGAAAGAGGAGGAAACAUGUUGUGGACGUUUAUCAUCGCCGCUUUAAUGGCGACAGAGUCCACUCUGGCCAUCUCGGUCCAGACCCCCACAAAGAGGCACAUUGUCAUCCUCUUCCAGCCCGUCACCCUUAUCUGUAAAUUCCAGACAACAGCCAGCCAGCCUCCUGUUGUCACAUGGAAGUACAAAUCACAUUGCCGGGACCCCAUCCAAGCAGCACUGAAUCCCAGCAGUGCGGAGAACAUCCUAUCCCAGAACAACCCAAACUACGACCCCAACAUCGAGUGUGCCGACAGCCAGAGGACGGUGCGUAUAGUGGCCUCGAAGCAAGGCGACACAGUCACCCUCGGAUCGUAUUACCAGGGCCGCAAGAUCACCGUCCUUAACAAUGCCGACCUGAACAUUGCACAAACAGCAUGGGGCGACAGCGGUGUCUACGUCUGCUCUGUGAUCUCUUCCCAGGACCUGUCAGGAAAUGGUGAAGACUACGUGGAGCUAAUUGUUCUCGAGAGAAUGUCAGAUACUACUGACCUCCUGCCUGAGAUUGACUUACUGGUUAUGGAAGACUGGCUCCUGAUCCUUCUGGUGGUUUUGGGCUUCCUGCUGCUGCUGCUCCUGAUUGGGAUCUGCUGGUGUCAGUGCUGUCCACACACCUGCUGCUGCUACAUCAGCUGCCCCUGCUGCCCCGACCGCUGCUGCUGCCCACGAGCACUGUACGAGGCAGGAAAAGCAGUGAAGAAAGGUUUGCCCAGUCAGUAUGCUCACACUCUUUACGCUCCCAGUAUGUAUGCUCAGCCACCAUACAGUGGUCAGCUAUUGAACCAGCCUGGAAUGCCUCUUCUUCCUCUACCCAACGGAGCUGGUGGGCCCCCACCUCAUAACGGUUACGGGCGUGAAUACGACGGUGCAAGUUCAAUUGGACAAGGCUCCCAGGUGCCUCUGCUGCACGACAAUAAUGGUGGAGACCACACUCGCAGUGGAUAUCGUAUCCAGGUGGACCCUGACGGGAACGCCACACGUGCCAUUUACUACAUGGAGAAGGAGCUGUCCAAGCUGGACCCAUCCAGACCUGCUAACUACAACCGCUUGGAUAACAUGAGUGAAGUCAGUUCCCUGCACGAUGUCUUGGACCCUCGUGGUCGUGGAGGCCGCUCCCAGCCACCGCCUCUGGCUACAGUUUAUGACCGGGAUGAAGCUAUGAGCACUAUCAGCAGUGUUUCGCAGCAGGGACGCCGUGAUGACUACCCACGGCGUGGGCACAUGGGGGAUCGCGUACGUGCUCGCUCUAUGGACAACCUGGAUGACAUCGGACGGCGCAGAGAUGACUAUCCACCACACCGACGUCCAGAUGAGCCAAGAGGCAGGAGAGGGUCAGACGAUGGGUGGAGCAGCAGUGCUCGCAGUGGGUAUGACCGCGAAUCUGACGACCCCAGGCGACGCGACUACUCCCCUGAUGAUCGUCGGAGAGGAGACCAAGGGGGCUACGGCGGCCUCCCAGGGAGACGCAGUCGCAGCCGUGACGAUCUGAUGGACCUGGAGAGGGAUCGUGAAAGGCGACCUGGAGGUGGUGCCAGGCGAGACGACUAUGAUGACAGCUUCCUGAGGGAAGCCAUGGAGAGGAAGAAGCUGGGCGAGCAGCAAAGGGCACGCAGCCGGGAUCGACUGGACAGCGAGAGCGACCGCUCGGAUCGGGGGCGGGCGCCACGUGGGCCUCCGCCGCUUCCACAGAAUCCCCCUGCUGGUUAUCCUGGGCGCCGUGAUGACUACCCACCUCCUCCACCUCCACCUUACAGUGAUGAUGAAAGUUUGUCGUCAUCUAAGAAGAGCAAUCUCCGGAAGAAUGGAGCUGUGAGCCGGGAGAGCCUGGUGGUGUGAUACUAACCCCAACGUGAGCGAUGCGUCUUACACUGCAGCUUUUUAUUAUUCACAAACAAGGACCGGAAUGUAAAUAGAAACACAAAACUGCUAAUUCCUGAGCUGAUUUCUACAUUGCAUUAUUUACAGUAGAUAGUUGAUUCUGAAUGUGUCUGAAAAGUUUUGUAACAGGGGAGAGGUGCACUGAUAGAAAGUUGAGUGCUUUUUCAUGUAAAAAAAACAAACAUUGUGGCUGCCACAAGUGCCUUAAAGUUGUACAGAAUUUUACUUUUAGAUGUGAAAGUCAAGAUGAAAAAUAAUUCUUUGUAAAGGUAUUUAAAUCUUGAUGAGUAAGCAUGUCUGUUAGUUUCAUCUAUUUUAAUAACUUCUCUGUAGUUUUAGUUAGUGGAUACACUACUGUAGAUUAGUCUGGGUCUUUAGAUUUUUCUGGCUUUUUAUUUGUGAAUUUUUUUUUAAAGAAAAACCUUGUACAUUUAAAUGAAUUGAUUUUAAGUGUGCUUUUAGAUGUGUUAGAGUGUGCUCAAUGUAGCAGCCUUUUUUUUAAAUAAUUUGUGUACUUGCAUUUUAUGAUUGUUUGUUUGUUUUUUACUUAAAAUUUCAGUUUUAAGCAGCAUUAUAUUGUACAGCACACCAGUACCCCAGCCUCAGUAUGCAAAUGUUUAUUGUGAUGUAAUGAAAACUAAUUUUACAAUAAAGGUGUCUAUUGUCA